AUGGGUGUUCUGGACAAUAUUCGUGGUCGUGACACUUCUCGGGUCAACGCUGCUGCACACCAGGCCGAUACAACUGAGGUUCCCGCUGAUGAGAAAUACCCAGGCCAUGCCCAGGAUAUACCGACUAGCGACUCCGACACUUUGAGCUUGAAGGCUCGAAACGAGAAGGAGAUCCAGGAGCACCCGGACCAAAUCACUGCCAAUGCAGACAUUGGUGUUCAAAAGGCAGAAGCCACUGCUCUUAUCUGGACUAAGAAGACCGUUUAUGCCGUUUAUGCAUGGAUUUGGGUCUGCUUCUUCAUGCUGGCUUUCCAAUCAGCUAUAGGCAACAACCUACUUUACAUUGCCUAUGCCGACUUUGCUCAAGCCCCUGCUGUGUCUACCGCUAGCAUCUUAGCUAGCGUCAUCGGUGGUGUGCUCAAACUCCCUAUCGGUAAGACCCUCAACCUAGUGGGCCGUGCUGAAGGCCUUUUAUUCUUUGUCGUCAUCUACGUUUUGGGCAUCGUAUUGCUCGCCUCGUGCAACGGUCCAAGUGCUUAUGCAGCUGGUUAUGUGCUGUACUGGAUUGGCUACGAUGCCAUCUACCUCAUCCUCGACGUCUUCAUGGCAGAUACAUCAGGUUUGCGUAACCGUGCUUUUGCCUUUGGAUUCGCCAGCACCCCUUUCAUUUGCACGGCAUUCACUGGCUCAUUGGCUGCUCAGUCUUUUGUUAGAACCAGCGGAUGGAGAUGGGGUUACGGCGUAUUUGCCAUCAUCAUGCCUUUUGUAUUUGUCCCAUUGGCAAUUGUGUUCAAGUUCUACGAGCGCAAAGCUGCGAAACUAGGUCUGUUCAAAAGAGAGGAUAGCGGUCGUACGGCAAUGCAGUCAAUUUAUCAUUAUUUUCACGAGUUUGACGUGGUGGGCGCCUUCAUUCUCAUGGCAGCGUUUGUUCUGUUCUUACUCCCAUUCAGUCUGGAGACAUCCAACCGCAUCACGUACGAUAGCGCCGCUUUUAUUGCCAUGGUUGUUUUCGGAGUAUUGCUAUUCCCUGUCUUUGCUGUCUGGGAAGCAUACUUUGCGCGAACGCAAUUCAUCCGCUGGGAACUAUUCAAGAACCGCACCGUCCUCGGUGCGUGUAUCUGCGCCGCGACUGUUAACUUUUCCUUCUACUGCUGGGACUUGUACUACUACUACUUUGUUAUGGUGGUGUACAACCUUGAUAUUUCCAUGACCGGCUACAUGACACAGAUCUACAACGUCGGAUCGUGCUUUUGGGGUCCCGUUUUCGGUGUGUACGUCCGAUACACAAAGGAAUUCAAAAAGGCCUGUUUCUUUUUCGGAAUCCCACUUUUACUGCUCGGGGCAGGCUUAAUGAUUCACUUCCGCGGCCAAGAUGGAUCUAUCAACUAUGUUAUCAUGUGCCAAAUCUUUAUCGCUUUCUCUGGUGGUACUCUGGUCAUUGGUGAAGACAUGGCUGUUAUGGCGGCCUCUGAUCGCAUGGGUGUGCCCAUGAUGCUCUCACUCAUUGGGCUCGCCAGUAGUAUUGGUGCAUCUAUUGGAUCGGCCGUUUCUAGUGCCAUAUACGCUCGCACAUUCCCAGCGGGUCUUCUCCAGGCUCUGCCGGAGGAUGAAAAAGUCAAUGCUACAUCCAUUUAUCUCGGUGGAUAUGCAAGCCAGAUCCUGUACCCUGUCGGAAGUCCAACACGCGAUGCUAUCGAUUACGCCUGGGGGUACAGUCAGAAAUACGGCGCUAUUGCUGCUACUUGUGUAGCUGUCUUGUUGAUUCCUGCAGUUGGAAUGUGGAAGAACUACCGUGUUGACAAAAAACAGAACAAGGGAACUCUUUUUUAG